AUGAGUGUGGCUUGGCUGCGUACACUGGUGUUGCAUCAUACGCCCGAGCCUUCAUUGGGGGCGUUGAAUGUGGCACACUCUCAAAGCCAGCAUGCAGGCAGAACGGCACGCAACGUCUAUGGCCGCACGCAGCUCGAUCACAAGUUUGUGUCCAGUGAAGCACAGUAUGGCCACCAGUUUGUGUCUGAAGAAUGGCACAAGCUCAUGCAGCUGGUAGAUGUAGAGGAUCAGAUCCAAGCCGAGGCCGUGGAUGGGCAGACCUGCGUGCAACAAGUGGUUCAUAAACAGGUGGUCAUCCAGUCGUCUCGGGUCAGAAACGUCAGCACACAGGUGCAAGCGACCGUGGGCACGCAAACAGAUCCCGAGGUUGAAGCCUGCCUUGAUGCUGAGGACGACAUUGACGAUAUCAUUGCCGGGUUGGAUCUAGACGAAGCCGAGGCAGCCGGAUCGUCCAUGCCAGUUGCCGUGCCGCGAGCCGUGGAAGAGGCUGCGUCGACGGCCUUGCAGCAAGAGCCAAGCCAGCACAAUGACCAAACGCAGCAACAAGAGUAUGAAGAUCAGCUUUGGCUUGCUCAAUGUGUGCGGCAAGCGUGGAAGACAACAUUUCGCGACUGGGAUCAGUAUCGAUUGGCACAGGCUGUGACUCGGCACGAAGCCCAGAACGGCUGGCUGUUGGCCGUGGCCCCGACGGGCAUGGGCAAGACGCUGUGUACACUCGCUCACCUCCAGCCACGCAAGGUCGUGGUGUGGGUAGUGCCGCUUCGUGAGCUUGCCAGAGACUUGUGCCGCCGCUUCGAGCAGGCUGACAUUGUAUCGCAGUGGGCUAAGAAUGAUGGCCGUGACAUGCAAGUCAACGUUCAAGUGAUUAUCAUGACGGUCGACUUUUUGGUUGGCCAUGGGAUGAGGUGGGUGCAAACACUCGUGCAGCAGAAGCGUCUGGCCAUGCUGGUGAUGGACGAGAUGAGCGGGCUCUGCUCCAUGGAUUGCACGGAGGACGCUUCGUACCAGACCUUUCGUAUGCCAACCAUGCGAACCGAUCUUCGGCUAGGGGUGCAACAAGGAACAACAAAGGCAUUUGAGAUGUUUGUGGAACGCCACUAUGACCUGUUGGAGCAAGAGGGCCGCGUGGAUCGCAUGUUGAUUUUUUGUGACACGAAGAAGCAGGUUGAGGCAUUGUCGACUCAGUUGGCACGCACGUUGGGUCACGAGCAGUCGCUGGCCGUGGAUGCUGACAUGUCAGCCGAAGACACACGAGCCGCUCUUGAGCAGUGGAGGAGCGGCACGCAGAGUCUGGUCUUGGUGGCCACAAGCUGCUUGGGCGCGGGCUUGGACAUGCCCAACGUUCGGAAGGUGAUCUGGUUUGGCAGCGGCUACAACGGCUACACCUUGUCGCAGGCCUUUGGCCGGGCUGGCCGCGACCGACGGGGUGGCGAGGCCACGCUAUGGAUUCCACGAGGCACAGCGGUUUUGGAAGACCUGCAGCCAUUUGCAAGCAUGAAGCGCUGCCUGACCUUUGAGCUUGGUUGGCUGUUGGAUGGUAAGGGCCACAUUUGUGCGGCCGCAGGAGCGCCGGCGUGCACCGUCUGCUCCAUGAUGCAAUCGACCAUCACAGCGCGCCAUCCAAGCCGUGAAGCACAUGGGGCGCCAGUAUCACACGAGGGCCAGACCCGGGCCAAGCGAGCGCAGUUGAUGGUAUCAUCGGCGCCCAUUCAGUCAGACGACUUUAACACGGCUCUGCUAUGGAUGAGCACCUACUGCUGGGCCUGCAGCUGCAGCAAAGACCGCUUGGUUGCUCACCACCAGCCUUCUAGCUGCCCGGCCAUGAAAGGGCGCUGUUUUCGAUGCCACUGCCGCGGUCAUGGUAGUAGCAAUUGCCAAGUGACCUUGGGGGCGGGUGUUUGCUACCGGUGUUGGAGGCCGCAGAAGAUUGGAGGUGAGCGAGUGGUGGAGUGCACGGGGCGGGCCUGUGCCCAGCGCAACCGCGAGGCCAUCCGGGCACUGGUCGCGUCUGUGUCACGCAGUCAAACUUUGCGCGGCAUCAUGCAGCGCAUGGAGUGCCCGGCCGAGCUGCUGGCA